AUGAGUGGAACUAAUAUUUUAAUGAAUUGUUCUACACUUGCAAUUCAUAUAUUUUCUAUGGUUAUUUCAUUGAUUAUUCUUGCUCUUAUUAUUUAUCGUUUCCAUUAUAAUAACUUAUAUCGACGUCAAAUUUCAUCAUCACCUUUCGAUGAUCAAAUUUCAUUAAUACUUAUUGGUAAUACUUAUCUAGUCUUUUUUAUUUACCAUCUAGCAUGGCUUUCAAUUAUUUUUCGUACAUUUAUUGGAGAUUUUUCUCUUUUAAAAGAUCACUUCUAUCUCGGUGAUUCAAAACUUUGUCGAAUACAAGUUGAUAUUAUUUUUUUCUUAACAAGUCAAAUAUAUCAUAGUUUCUUAUUACAAGCAUUAUAUCGUCUUUUUAAAAUUAUUUCCAUUUCAAGAUUAACUCCAAUAAAAAUUUUUCAAGUGUCAUUAAAUAAUAUUCCGAUUUAUAUUCUAAUGAUUAUUUUCAAUUAG